CGUGUCUCCAGCUCCAUGUGAGGUCCUGUGCUUCCUGCCCUGGUCCUAUGGAGCCAUUGAAUGCACAUUCAGCCAGCUGUCUAAUGUCAUAACAUCACCAUCAUGAUGCAAUCCUUACUCAGGCAUAGCAUCUUCAGAAACUACAACAACCUGUAUAGAUGUACGUUGAGGGCCACUGGAACAGUUAGCUAUAUCCAGCAUACAUCACAACCAUCAGACACAAAUGACUGGAAACCACUGCAUGUGCCUGUAAUGGUUGACGAAGUCAUUGAGUCUUUGAAGCCACAACAAGGACAAACCAUUUUGGACAUGACCUUUGGUGCUGGUGGUCACUCUACAUCUAUCUUGAAGGUGUCUUCUGAUAUUAAAAUAUUAGCACUAGACAGAGAUCCAAAAGCUUAUGAAAUAGCACAACAACUGUCCUCCUGUAAUGGACAGAAAAUUCAAGCUUUCUUGGGGAGAUUCAGUGAUUGUGAAGACUUGUUAAUAUCUGCUGGAGUAGAACCAGCAACUGUAGAUGGAGUUUUGUUGGAUGCUGGCUGUUCCUCUAUGCAGUUUGACAAUCCAGAACGAGGUUUCUCACUUUCGAGGGAUGGUCCCUUGGAUAUGAGAAUGGACGGUGACCGGUACCCUGACAUGCCCACCGCUGCUGAUGUUGUGAAUGCUUUAGAUCAACAGGCGCUUGCGUCCAUUCUGAAAACAUACGGGGAGGAGAGACACGCCAGGAAAAUAGCCUCAGCUAUCGUUCAAGCACGUAACAUAUACCCCAUCAACAGGACUCAGCAGCUAGCUAGCAUUGUUGCAGGAACCUGCAUGUAUUCACGAAAAGAUCUUCUCCAAAGACCAGCUCAUGCUGCUACAAAAACGUUCCAGGCUCUUCGCAUUUUUGUGAAUGAUGAACUCAACGAGCUCUACUUGGGCCUCAAGGCAGCUCACAAGUUUUUAAAACCUGGUGGAAGACUUGUUGUCAUUUCUUUCCAUUCGCUAGAAGACCGCAUUGUAAAACGAUUCCUGCAUGGCAUAGAUAUGACUGAGAAGCCAAAUCUUGGUAUUAGACACAAAAUAAGGCAAGGGAAACAGACGCACGUCCUGGAAAUGGAGGACGACGAAAUCCUAAAUUCACAGUCUAACUCUGCAUGGUCUUUUAUACAAAAGAAAGUACUUUUACCACAGUACCAAGAUGUCCUAGCCAAUCCACGUGGCCGGUCUGCAAAACUAAGAGCAGCGAUAAAGCUAUGAAUAUGCCAGGGGUUUAUUUAUGUCAUGGUAUGUUUUAAUACUACAUAACUAUACAUGUUUCUUCUUUUUAAUUGCAAUCAAUAAAAUCUACCUGUUCUAUUUUUA